GCCUGAAAUCAAAAACUGCAAGAAGUGCUCGAAAAUUUUGUGUAUCUGUUGAGUGUGUAGUUUUCGUUGACGUCGCAUAAAAAUUUUUAGGUGUGGUUUAAGUACGAAGUUUUCUCCUUUUUGGAACUGGGACAGAACCUUCAGAAAUACGAUGAAUGAAGAUAAAAAAUACAAAUGUUCAGAGUGCGGAAGAAGCUAUAAUUAUAACAAGAAUCUGAGGAAACACGUAUUACAGGCGCAUCCAGGAAUGUUAAGCGAUAUCGCUCCGGAAUUAAAGAUGCAAAAGUGUUAUAAAUUUUUGUGUAGGGUAUGUGGUAAACAGUUCAACCAGAAGCGCAAUUUAAUGUGCCACGAAAGAAACGCACAUGCAUCGGAGAAUAGUUGUAUAAAAAUAAGAUGUGCAUUGUGCGAUAUUUCAGUCCUUUCGAAGAAAUGCUAUUACGAUCACUUAUCAGUAAUACAUGAUGUAUCGAUAACAUCAGAGGAGACUGAAUUUGCAUCUUUCCAGGAAUUCGGUGACGGGAAGCAACAGACUGAGAAAAAGACGAUGUCAUUUUAUGUCAAAAAGCGUGGAGCCUAUUGCACUUCAGAUAACGUCGUACGGCUUUUCUUUGUAUGUCACCGUUCAGGACAGUUUUUAUCUAAAAGUAAGGGCAUACGCAACAUGAAAACACAAGGAACAAACAAAAUAGGUGGUGUCUGUCCUUCCAGCCUUGAAGUAACCGAGACUAGAGAUGGUAGCUGCAAAGUAAAGCACGUUAUUACUCAUGUGGGGCAUCAAAAUGUUAUUAGUUAUUUAGAUUUUGACAUAAGCUGAAAGAAACAAGCCAAGCUGUUCGCAUAGCAAAGAGUAUUCCAAGCCAUCCGAUACUCGAUAAAAUAAAACAUCCUUUGUCUUAUUCCAAGUUAGUGACACCAUCUGAUAAAAAAAGAGAUUAAUGCGGUACUGAGAAGUAUACUAAAUCAAUGUCACGAGACAUAAAGACUGCAGCACCAGUGUAGAAGAGUGGGUUAACGAAUUAGUGCUAACGAUAACCCGUAUGUCUUGUUCUACAAGACUUGAGAGAAGGGAAGACUUUCCUCAUUAUGAAUAGGAAGUACAACAGUUGACUAUAUUUGCAUUGGUGGAACUAAUGAUUUUUAAUUGAUAUCUCUACUUGUGCAUGAUGGCAUGAGACAAGGUUUUCCUUGAGCUUUCAUAUUUAUUUCAAAAUUUUCUGUACAAGAGGUGCUAUAUAAAAAAAUGCGCCGUCAGGUGUUAGUCAGAUUUCGCUUGCGUUGUUUUAUAAUGCUUAGUUUUAACAGAUGGAAGAAUCAGUAAUAAGACUGUUUUGUUGGCCUACUUAUUUUAUUUAUUACACAAUUCAAUAUAACUGGUUCACAGUUAUGUAUUAGGCCUCCUCCUUGAAAUCUUGUUUGUGGUGACAGACUGAUCUACAUCACAGCUUGAGGUCUACGUUAGGUUGGAAGCUGAUGAUUUGGUUAUGAUUUGGCGAAGCCAACAAAUGUGAAAUCUGCUUGUGGUAACAAAUUGACCAGUAGAGAAGCUUAUGUUUACGUUCAUGGCAUAUUGAAAAAUGCAAGAAGGGGGGUGGGGGGCAAGGUCCAAAAUGUAACUUCAAUGUGUACCUGUAUGUGUCAGACAAAUUACAGAAAUAAUAUAUAUGUAUAUAAAGUAGGUGAUGAUGCAGAAUGAAGUUGAUCAUGGGCUUAUCAGUGGGACCACCCCAGCAUUCAUCUUAGCAGCUUGGAAAACCCAUGUCCCGAUACUUGGACCAGUGCACAUGCUAAUUCUCCCAAAUGUGAGCUCAGUGCACUAACAAUGGCUUAGCUACCUUGUUGAGAGCAUGAUUGGAAGGGAAGCCACAUAUGCAUAGUCAACAAGGAGAUUGACAUGCACUGACAUGGCAUGGAGAAAAGAUAUAUCCAUUAAAAUAAAUUGAAGGAAAGAGAAGCUAAAACUUUUCAGUUAGUGAGAAGUUUAGUGCAAGAAGGAGAAGUUAUAACUUUUGAGCACACAUUUCCUUUAGCACUGCAGUAAUUGACUUCAGAACCUAUUACAGCUGUGUCUGGAUUGUGUAUCCAAAACUUUUAUUCUAAAAACAUCAGAAUUUGGCAGAGGUCUACUGUUACAGAACUAAUAUUGGUAUUAACAGAAACAUUCUUGUUGAAUGAAUGCACUGAACAAUAAAAUACAUGUGUUUACUUGGCAGAAAUGUGAAACAAUGUGACAAACCCAUAAGUGCAUCAAUAAGUUUAACUAGGAACCAGUUAUGUAACAGACUCAUUAUCCUGACAGAGCAAAAAUUCACAGGCAAACUCAAAGAUAUUUGAGGAAAGCACAACUUUAUACAGAAGUGGUUCCUGAACACAUGGUUGAAGAAUGAAAAUACUGGCUUGUACCAUCUACUUCUGAGGAUUGGCAGGCUUCAGGCCCUCUCUUACAUCUACGCAUUCAUUCUGCAUAUUUUACAUUCCGUUAAGUAUGACAAGCAUGUUAUACAUUACAACUAACAUAGAAUCCAGCAUUAUGGCAGAAAUAGUAUGGAGGAAAAAAGCCUAAGUAGGUAUAUACAAUAGUUACAUUUUGAAAAUUAUAAGAAACGUAACAAGAAAAAAAAUGCAUUACACAUUUAAGUGUGAAAAAAUGAUGCUGUAAAAGAAAA